CAACUGCGCAAAUUCUGGCUUGACUUGUGAGUUGCGGUAACACGUCACGUGACUCCCUGAAAGGGUCAGCAUGUUCUCCCUGAAGAUAUAGGAAGAAAGAAAAUGAACAGGAAUGCCCUGUUGCAGUUAGAACGACUGGUCCAGAUUCACAAUAUUUGCCGACACUUGCACACACUGUGCCUUCCAAAUUCAGCCAGGAUACAAUGGAAGCCUCUGCAUUGCUGCCCACAGUCAGUGUGUCCUGCCAAGUACCACACACAGCUAUGGCAAACAGAUACCUUUAUAAGAGUGGCUCUCUCACAAUACCGAUUUUUGUCAACUAAAGAGAUUCAAUCUACAAAGAAAAAUAAGUUGUCCCCAAUCAAACCCAAGAAAGAAAAACAGGAGGUUGAAAUAUGGCAAAAUAUGACUGUUGGUGAUCUAGCAAAGGCUAUGGAUAAAGAUGCUGAUCACGUGUAUGAGGCUCUGCUACAUACAAGCCUUGAUUUGGAUUCUUUAGAUGAAACAUCCAUUCUAAGUGAGCAGUGGGUGAAGGAAGCUGUUAAGAAAUCUGGGAUGAAGUUAAAGUGGGCAAAGGUGAAAGAAGAAAAAGUCAGGGAAAAUAAAGAUGCUGUGAGGAGGUCUCCUGCAGACCCAGCUGUGUUAGUGUCCAGACCACCAGUAGUUACUAUAAUGGGACAUGUUGACCAUGGAAAAACAACACUGCUUGAUCAGCUAAGGAAAACACAAGUGGCAGCAAUGGAAGCAGGAGGCAUCACUCAGCACAUUGGUGCAUUCAAUGUCCAGUUAACGUCAGGAGAAAAGAUUACAUUCCUUGAUACACCAGGACAUGCAGCCUUUUCAGCAAUCAGAGCCAGAGGAGCCCAUGUCACCGACAUUGUUAUAUUAGUGGUAGCAGCAGAUGAUGGCGUCAUGAAACAAACAAUAGAGUCCAUCGAUCAUGCCAAAAAUGCUAAAGUUCCCAUAAUCCUUGCUAUAAAUAAAUGUGACAAACAUGGAGCAGAUCCAGAGAGAGUAAAGAAGGAACUUCUGUCUCAUGAAAUAGUAUGUGAAGAAUUUGGUGGUGACAUACAAGCAAUACAUAUUUCGGCACUGAAGGGGGAGAACUUGCAGGCAUUAGCAGAAGCUACGGUCACUUUAGCAGAAGUCUUAGAACUGAAGGCUGACCCUACAGGACUUAUUGAGGGAACCAUUAUAGAGAGUCGCUCAGAUAAAGGGAAAGGUCCGGUGACCACAGCCAUUGUACAGAGGGGAACGCUUAAAAAGGGCGCAGUGUUGGUAGCUGGUAAAAGCUGGGCAAAAGUGCGACUAAUGUUUGAUGAGAAUGGCACCUCCUUGAAUCAGGCAGGCCCCAGCUUGCCAGUGGAGAUUGUUGGCUGGAAAGAGCUUCCAUCUGCUGGAGAUGAAAUUCUUGAAGUAGAAUCGGAGCAACGGGCUCGGGAAGUUAUUGAAUGGAGAAAAUAUGUGGAGGAACAAGAAAAGAUAAAGGAAGAUAUGGAAGUAAUUGAAAUUAAGCAAAAGGAACACAGAGAUGCCUACAAGAAACAGUUGGACUCUUACAGUAACUUAAAUUGGAGACAAAGGAAAUCUGCUAUGUACAAGGCCAAUAAGCAGAUGAUGUCCUCAAGGCCUGCAGAGAAUGUAGAGAGUGACAAACUGAUGUUCCCUAUCAUCAUUAAAGGUGAUGUUGACGGUUCUGUGGAAGCCAUUCUCGCUAUUAUAGAUACAUAUGAUGCUGAAGAUCAGUGCCAGCUUGAUUUGAUACAUUUUGGUGUUGGAGACAUUAGUGAAAAUGACAUUGAACUUGCAGAAACAUUUAAAGGUUAUGUAUAUGGCUUCAAUGUGAACUGUAACAAAGCUGUACAGCAGCUUGCAGCCAAAAAAGAUGUUCCAGUCAAGCUUCAUAGGAUCAUUUAUCACCUGGUUGAAGAUUUAAAAGAACAACUCAGUAGUAAAUUGCACCCAAUAUUAGAAGAAAACAUAAAAGGAGUGGCGACAGUGUUGGCUACUUUUGAUGUUACAAUUGGGAAAAAAAAGGUACAAGUGGCAGGUUGCAGAGUCCAGAAAGGAGUGUUGGAUAAAAAGAUGACAUUUAAAUUAAUCCGUGGUACAGAUGUACUCUGGGAAGGAUCUCUAACCUCUCUUAAACACCACAAGGAUGAUGUCCAGACAAUAAAAACAGGAGUUGAAUGUGGCCUAAGUUUGGAUAAAGACAUAGAAGUGAAAACUGGUGAUGAAAUUGUUUGUGUAGAAGAAAAAGAAGUGCAGCAGAAAAUCUCAUGGGACCCUGGAUUUUAAAUAUCUAUUUUUGCCUUCAGGGACAACAAUAAAAUUAUUUCUUUGUAUUUAA